CGGUGGGUUAUCAGGGUCCGAUGAAUAAAUACCUAUUCACUCAAUUGUAAUCUUUAGUGUUUACUGUGUAGGCUAAAGAAUCACAAUGUGUACUAAGUAUUUUAUUACGAUCGUUUUAUUAGUUUGUGCUGCGGAGUGUGUCAUGGAUGACUAUCGGUUUGUGUCCGAAAUCGACGGUUAUCUCAAACUGCAUCGCAUCCCGGUACAAUGGAAAGAUGCCCGGAUGAAGUGUCAUUUAGAAGGAGGUGUUCUCGCCUCGCCAACAGAUGCAAAUAUAUUAAAUGCCAUGAAAGAGAUAUUAACCAAGGAUGAAGAACAAGAAGGCCCUGAGAAAAUAUAUACUGGAAUCCAUGCAACAUAUGCUAAUGGGUAUUAUACGACUGUUACAGGUGUUCCUCUCUCACAAAUUGAUGUGAUAUGGCAAAAGGGUCAACCUUAUGAUCAGAAUACGUAUUAUCGCUCAUCGAACUGUCUUAUUAUGAAUAGAUCUGGCGCCUUAGCUAUCGUACACUGCGAUAAUAUUUACCCGUACUUCUGUUUUAAGUCAACGAAGAAUAUCGAUGACCAUAAGUGCGGACCUGAGUAUAUUUACAGUGACUACCAAUUGUAUAACAGAACCGGCAGUUGUUACAAAUUCCAUACAGAAGGCAAGACGUGGCCGAACGCCUACAAGACUUGUAUGGCAGAAGGUGCAUACCUCGCUAUCAUUAACAGCAAAACUGAAUCCGAAGUUCUCAAGGCCGUUUUCAGCGAAUACUCCCACGAUAACAUACCUGGCGACUUCCACAAAGAUGCUGCAAGUAUCGGCUUCACUAAGUGGGAUGAAUAUAGUACUGGAUAUGGAGAUUGGUUUACUAUUCAUGGAGAUUCGCUGGCCGAAGCCGGAUUUUCAACAUUCAAUGCUGGUGAACCCAACAAUAUAGAUUCACCUGAAUUGUGCGGGUCGGUUUGGAGAACUGGCCUGCUUAAUGAUCACAAGUGCGGUCGAAUCCUUGCUUUCAUCUGUGAAAAACCGUAUUCGCAAACCACGUUACCUGAAUACUAAACGGAAGAAAAAAAAAGUUAUAUUUAAUUAUAAGAAAUAUGUUUAUUUAAAUCAAUCGAGUUGUUUUGAUUUAUCGAUAUAUUUCAUUCAAUACGUAACCAGAAUAUUCAACGACCUGUCAUAAUGUUACCAUAGUACUGUAUUUUUAAUAAGCAUUUUGAAUUAAAAUUAACUAGAAAGUCACAA